UGAAAGGAUAACAACUCAAAAUACUCUCCUCAGACAACAAACAACUUCUAUUUAUAGGAAUUAUGUAUCUUCCCCAGUCAUACACCAUUAUAAGAACUCCUUAAUCUCUGAACAGCCAUAACAUAAAAAGAAAGCGAAUUCUUAUGAGUAGCGGAACUUCACAGAAAUUAGAAAGCAAGGAGUUUAAGAUGGAGUGCAGUAGUGUGGUGAAGGAGAAGGAGAAGAAGGCUCUAGAGUUUAUCGAAUACGUGACUACUAAUGCAGAUGAAGUUCAGAAGCAGGUUCUUGCUGAAAUACUAGCUCAGAAUGCUGGCGUUGAGUAUUUGCAGCGUCAUGGCCUUGGAGGACGCACUGAUGCUGAUAGUUUCAAGAAACUAGUGCCUGCUAUCACUCAUGAGGAUAUUCGACCUGAUAUCAGCCGAAUUGCUAAUGGUGAUAAAUCUCCCAUCCUGUGCUCUUACCCGAUUUCAGAGUUCUUGACAAGCUCUGGGACGUCUGGAGGCGAAAGAAAACUGAUACCAACUAUUGAAGAAGAGUUUGACAGGAGGUCAUUUUUCUAUAGCCUGUUGAUGCCUGUAAUGAAUAAGCAUAUCCCUGGUCUAGACCAAGGGAAAGCCAUGUAUUUCUUGUUCAUAAAAUCAGAGUCCGCGACUCCGGGUGGCCUACGAGCACGUACAGCCAUAACAAGUUACUUCAAAAGUACACAUUUCAUAAACAGGACUAUCGAAGAAGACCCCUAUAUGAACUACACCAGCCCCAAUGACACUAUCCUCUGCCUAGACAACUACCAAAGUAUGUACUCACAGAUCUUAUGUGGAUUAUGCCUCCACAAGGAAGUUGUUCGAGUUGGAGCUACAUUUGGUUCUGUCUUCAUCCGGGCCAUUCAGUUUCUGGAGAACAACUGGCCGAUACUAUGUAAUGACAUUAGGACAGGAACUCUUAACCCUGAGAUCACGGACCAAUUGGUGAGAGACUCGGUGAUGAAAAUUCUUAAACCCGACCCCGUGUUGGCAGAUUUUAUCGAGGCUGAAUGUCGUAAGAAGCCAUGGAAAGGGAUUAUAACAAGGUUGUGGCCUAACACAAUGUGCAUUGAAGCUAUAGUGACUGGGACCUUGUCAAGUUAUGUACCAACUCUCGAAUAUUAUGGCCAUGGACUACCUCUAGUGAGCUCAUUUUAUGCUUCUUCAGAGGCUUAUUUUGGUAUUAAUCUUAAUCCUCUUUGCAAGCCUAGUGAAGUUUCAUAUACCCUCAUUCCCACCAUGGCAUUUUUCGAAUUCUUGCCUGUGAAACAGAGCGACAUAGUUGGUGAUACAAGUCCUUACCCAGGGGCAAGAUCUCCCCUCAACGAGAAAGAACGGGAAGAACUGGUCGAUCUCAUUGACGUUAAGCUUGGAGAAGAAUACGAGCUUGUGGUGACUACCUAUGCUGGGCUGUACAGAUAUAAAGUGGGAGACAUCCUACAAGUCGCUGGAUUCAAGAACAAGGCUCCCCAUUUCCACUUCAUUGGGCGAAAAAAUGUUGCUCUGAGCAUAGAAGCUGACAAAACCGAUGAAGCUGAGCUGAAAAGAGCAGUAGAGAAAGCCGUAAUCAACCAUUUGAGGCCACUUAACGCUAGUUUAGUUGAUUACACUGCCUAUGCAGACAAAAGCACAGUUCCAGGACAUUAUGUUAUAUUCUGGGAAUAUAUCGUGCAUAACGAGGGAUCAAAAAGUACAAACCAAGUGAUUCCACCAUCUGUUUUCGAGGAUUGUUGUCUUACCAUGGAAGAGUCACUCGACAGUGUGUACCGACAAGGUCGUGUAGCUGAUAAAUCCAUCGGUCCUCUUGAGAUCAGGAUAGUAGAAAGGGGAACUUUCGAUUCACUGAUGGACUAUGCCAUUAGCUCAGGUGCUUCGAUGAGCCAGUACAAGACUCCUCGCUCUGUGAAGACUGCACCAAUUCUAGAUCUUUUGAACUCCAAGGUUGUUUCCAACCACUACAGCCCAAAGUGUCCAACAUGGGCACCUAAAGGUUAAAAAUAUGUAAGAGGCUGUUGCUGUUCGCUCCUUAAGCAUGCAAUCGAAAUAAAAAUGUACUAGUAUCAUC